CAAAACAAAAUGGCGCAUUGGUUUCACAGGAAUCCUAUCAAGGCUACGGCCGUACAGAAAUUUGACCUGCGAUCGGUGGCUACCACUGGUCCAGCAAAUAAAAUGUGCAGUGAUUUACGAGAAGCAAGAAGUAAAUUAUUGGAAAUUGUCAGUAAUCCCAACAUAGAGACAAGUGCAAUGAAAACUGCUGUGGAAGACUAUUUCUCUCUCUUGGAAGGUUUCAUACAGGCCUGUGAUGAAAAGGGAGGUGAAAGUAAACUGAGAUACAUUUUGAAUUACAAGUGGACAAACUCUUUAAUGGGUUAUGAACCAAGCUCGCAACAAGAUGUGAUAUUUGAAAUGAGCCACAUGUUAAUAAAUAUUGGGUUGUGGUACACCAAACAUGCAUCCAAAGUGGCAGGAGAACAUGAAGAAGUAUCCAUGGAUGAUGCUAAGGACUGUCAUACAUGUCUAAAAACUGCAGCUGGUAUAUUCAACUUUGUUAAGGAAAAUCUUGUUGGUAAGUUAUUGAACACACCAGAAAAAGGUGAAGACUUGGACAGUAGGAUAUUGACAGCUUACUUAGAACAAUGUACAGCGGAAGCACAAGAAGUGACUGUAGCUAGAGCCAUAGAAUUGAAACAUAACUCCGGUCUAGUAUCCGGGUUAGCUCAUGAGACUGCUAAACUAUUCAGAAAAGCGGAUGAUUCCCUCACAUCGUUGGAUGUUACCAUGGUUGCGAAGUGGAGAAAAUAUUUACAACUGAAGUAUAUCAUUUACAUGGCAUAUGCUCACUGUUUCAAUGGCACCACAUUACUGGGCAAAGAUAAAUGUGGUGACUCAAUCAAGUCAUUACAAGAAAGUAAAAAAUUUUAUGAAAAGGCUUGUCAAAUGUGCAAAGACUAUGCUUCAACCAAAGGGCCAGGAUCUAUAGCCAAGCCUGAAAAUCAUUUAUUCUUUAGAAAACUUGGACCAAUGAUUAACAGAACACUAGAAAAAAGUACAAGAGAAAAUGGAUUCAUUUACUUCCACAAGGUGCCGGAAAUCGUUCCUGAGUUAGAAGACAAGGCAUCCUAUGGUUUGGCUAAUCCUGACCAAUACACUCCUCCUGCAAUUCAUUCGUCAUGGAAACCAGAGCUCUAUAGUGCUUUUGAUAUAAGUAAAGUACCAUCUGAUGGACAAAAUACACAGGAUAAGAAAAAAGAUGAGGAAAUCAAACCA